CCGGAGAUGAGCAGUUCCAGCACUGCCCCAGUGUGAAAAGUGCGAAGAGGGAGGCCAGGAUUGGGGUGUUGUGAGUGUCUGCAGCGGGGGCUCCUCACUAGGUUGGGGGAGGGCCGAGGGCGGGCUCCUGUCCCUGAGCAAGACACACUGGACCUAAGGAUGAGUUCAGUUUAGAAGCCAUGCAGAGGAAUGAUCAUGAACGCAAAGUUAGAUUAUGUAACUUUUGCAGGAUGACAGUCUUACCCAGGUGGUAGGGUUGGGAUUCCUUUUCUCUAGGAGCCUUUCUGUGACUCUCACUCUGUCUGCCUUCUGGGCUCCUGCAGCCCUGAUAGCUCGAAUCACCCUUCCCAAUGCCCGAAUGAUAGGCUCCCUGCCUCUGUGACCAUGGCCAAAGUCCUUCUUGGAGUUUCACUCUACCCCUGGGCCUCCAGGUUAGAGUGUGCUCCUUAGAGCGGGCCCCAUUUCCUUCUCUUUCUUUGUGGCCCAGUAUGCUCACAAGCUGCAGGGUCUAAGCUCCCCAAGGACUCAGUGGCUUGACUUGUACAGUCUCUACCUCAGGGGCCUCUCCAACCAAAGCACUCAAACCAAGUGAGGAAUCAAGAGAUAGAAGACAUAGAUGGAAUUUGCCACACAAAAACUGAAUAGUACCACAGACAAAACUAAAAGGCAAAUGACAAACUGGGCGGAUGUUUGCAAAAAUGAGAAAUUAAGGAUUAAUAUUCUCAAAAAAAUUUUAAUACAAAUCAAUAAGAAAAACGUAAAGACCCUCACAGACAAUUCACAGAUGAAAUUCUGGUGGUUAAUGUGUAUAUAUGGGAAAUAUUGUUGAACCUAUCAGGGAGCAGAAAUAGAAAUGAAAAUAGCAUACUUCCAUGUAUCAAACUUGCAAAAGUGAGAAAAAGAUAAUAGCCAGUGGAUGUAGCCCAGAUGUAGGUAAGCCGGUACCCUCACGUAGUGCUGAUGGCUGUGGUCACCAGUAAAACAUAUGGAAGCACUUUGGGAGUGAGUCUAAAGAGCCCAGGAAAUGAGCAUUCUCCACCCACUAAUCACACUUCUGAGACUCUGUCUCAGCCAUGGACAGUGACAUGGGGAAUUUCUCAUGAAAUCAUGUUAAGCAACAAAAGUAGAACAUACAUAUUAUAAUGUAUACUUCUACUUACAUGAAUUCUAUAUUUAUGCAUAAAUCUUUUCUUUCGGUGAUGUUUUAAGGGCAUUUGCUUCUUGGUGAUUUUGAUCAUCAUAUUUUGUUUUUCUCACAUUUUCUGUAAUGAGAGUAACAAAAGUCAAAAGGGGGGGAAACCCUCUUGAAAUAUGAAAUGAGGGGACCAAAUAAAUAUAGAAAUUAACUUUGGGAGUCAACAGGGUCAAAUCACUAGCAAAACUUGUCACUUUGCAAGAUUCAGGAAACAUAUGUUGAUGUGUAUUUACCAAAAUUCUCCAGAAGACCAAGGGCAGAGGCAGAAAUCACCAGGCCCCAUGGCUGUGGAUGGGCUGAUUUUGUGGGUGAGGUUACCUGGCUCUUCACUGUGUGAUACUAGGUACAGCCUGUCCCUUGGCAGGGGUCAGUUUCCUACUCUUUACACAGUAUAUUAGGGGGUCAGACUAAAUGACUCUGAGGGUCUUUGGCAGAUCUCGGCCAACUCUGUUCUUGGAGAACUUUGACUUGCGCCCACGACAAAGCUGAGAAGGACCAAGGGUUGGUAUUUGCAGGCCUCGGGUUCCAGCUCCUUAUCUGCCCAGAACCAUGUUUCCUGUUUGUGACCACCAUGAUGCCCUGCCUUGGCCCUGCUUCUUGGCCACCUUCUCUUCCUGUCAGCUUCUGGACCCAUUGAGUUGGGGGCUAGUUUGAAUGCUCAGGCUUUAUUGAUUCCUAGCCUGUGUGUUGGACGGGCAGGAAGGGGGAAACCCUAUACUUUGGAGCUGUUUAGUAGAGGCAUGAAUUCAAAAGCCACUGGAGAGCCCCACUUGCCCAGGGAGAUGGUGUCUCCUCCCUCCAGGGUCCGCUCUCUGGCACAUUUUUGAGACAGUAUGGCUCUCAGGGCCAAGGUGCCCUGAUUGUCUGAAGGCCACCAAAGCCACUUCAUGGUGUGGGGCUGCUCCUCCCCUCCCAGCCCAUGGUCACCUGUGGGUUGACUAGAGCCCCUCCCACACCAUUAGUGGCCCCAGAUCCUCAGCUCUGCUAAGGCCUCCUGUGCUCAGCAUCCUUUCCUUAGCAUCCUAGGAUUGCGCUGAGAGCUUAUGGUCAUGCUGCCCGGGCACCUCAGGCACUAUGGUUUCAGCCAUGAGCAAGUCUUAGAGUCCUCCAUCCGGAUGUGCUUUCUCUGGGGUGGGGCCUAGGGCUUAACCUCCUGGUGCUCCACUAAGGCAGGCUGAUUUUCCUUCCCACCCAGGAAUAAACUGAUCUGCAGGCUUCCAGGAAGGAUGGCGUGUGAGAUUGUCCCUUCUAUCAGGGAGCACAGGACUCCUGCCUGAGCUGCUGCCUCUGGACUCUGACAGCUUCAGCCUCACCCUGAACAGCAGGGCUGGUCUUGGGUGGGGGUGGAGGAGCUGCCCUGGGGAUGGUGAUGCUGGUUGGGAAAGGUGUCCCCAUAGAGCCACCCUUCCUGAUGCAGGCCUGUUUCUGCUUAGCAACCAGCAGAUGCAUGGAAAGACAGCUUCUCUGAAGAGCCCUGUGUCCUGCACAGAGAAACUAGCCAGGGUUCAGGCACCCCUGAACUCCAGCCUUGGUAGCCUCCAUCAGGUCAGGUGAGUCUGCUGAGCUCCAGGCUGCCGGGAGGAGGCUUCCAGAAGGGCAUUCCUGCUGGGAUCAUGGCCCAUAGCCAGGCCCCGGAGCUGUGAGUCUGACAUCUCCACCUCACCCACUCCCCAAGCUGGUCCCCAUCCUUGUGUCUCCUACUCAUUUAUCCCUGGGUCUUCUCCUCUGCUUAUCCUUUGUCCAGAGAAGUGGGAGAGGGUUUUUGACACUUGGGGUGGGAGGCUCCUAAGCAUCUCCAGGAGGCGGAGGCUCAGGCUGAGCGAACCUCCUGGGGAGCCACUGCCCACAGCUGUCUGGGAGGAGGGCUUGUAGCCUGCAGGGUCAAGCUACAUACUUGCUGUUGCUUAUCACUUUGCUGUGGCUCCUAGAGAAGGGCCUCAGUCUCCAAUCUCUGCUCUAAGCUUCUGGCUUGAAGCCAGGGCAGACCUGGCCCUGAGGAUGUAUGGGCAGAACUCAAGGGUUCCUUGUCCCUGGAAUGGAAUGUCUCCUUUGCAGUCUGCACUGGCCAGAAGGCUUGAAGAGUGAAGAGAUCAAGAAGUGUGGCCGAGAAGGGCCCCAGCUCGUGUGUUUGCAGACACUACUGAGUAAAUACAACCAGCAAUACCACAAGCUGUUUAAGGACAUCCCUUUGGAGGAGGUUGUUCUCAAAGUGUGUUCCUGUGCCCUCCAGAGAGACCUUCUUCUCCAGGGCCGGCUCUACAUCUCCCCCAACUGGCUCUGUUUCCAUGCUAGCCUCUUUGGCAAGGAUAUCAAGGUGGUCAUUCCUGUGGUGUCUGUGCAAAUGAUCAAAAAACACAAGAUGGCCCGGCUCCUUCCCAAUGGCCUGGCCAUCACCACCAAUACCAGCCAAAAGUAUGUCUUUGUGUCACUCCUUUCCCGGGACAGUGUCUAUGACAUGCUGAGGAGGGUCUGCACACACCUACAGCCUUCCAGCAAGAAGAGCCUGAGUGUAAGAGAAUUUCCAGAGGAACCUGAGUGCGAGUCUCUGGAAGUCCUCAUCCCUGAGAUGAAGUGGAGAAAGGUGUGCCCUGCCUCCAGGUCCCUGUCCCUUCCAGACAAUAUCCCUUGUAUCCCUCGGGCAUCCAUGGACUCUACCGACAGCUUCUUUCCCUCCAGGAAGCCUCCAGGCUCUGAGAAUGCUGUCUGUGAGAAGGAGAAACUGGAGGAGUUGCCCAGGAGCGACGGGGAGCUGAGGCUCUGGGAUUGCCAGCUCCUCAAGGUCAUCUUCGUGCUGAUCUGCUUCUUGGUCAUGUCCUCAUCGUAUCUGGCAUUCCGCAUCUCCCGGCUGGAACAGCAAUUAUGCUCCCUGAAUUGGGAUGGCCCAAUCCCUGGGCACAGGUAACAGUCACCUGGCCUUUGUCCCCACUUCUCCAUGAAGAAUGCUGUGCGUGCUAAGGUUCCACCAGUGAUCGCCGUGGUUUAUGCUGCUGCUGUGCUGAGACUGAGUAUGAAGGAACAUAGUCCAGAUCCUUCCUCCUCCCCCUAACUCUUAUCUCUCCUGUUUACAAAGCUCCUACAAUUUGGGGACUCGGACAAAGAGCCAGAUUCUUGGAACAGCUGAGAAAUUCUGUAUACUAAGCUUCAGCAAGCACUUCAGUGAAAAAAGAAAAUUAACUUGUUCCUUGGAAACAGCCUGGCACAGGUGCAGAACACUAGGAGCCACCGGAGGGACAAAGGCCAUGCUUUGGUUCCUGGAAUGUACCUCUCCAACUGUCACGCGGCUCACUGCCUCAGUGGGACAGAGGCUCUAACCCAAACCACCAGUGGGGCUCUGCUCUCUCCCAACAUACUGUGCUCUCACUUGCGCCCCUGAGAGUCUCUGUUCCGGGAGCCAGGCCCCUGUCAGGCCAAGGGCAGACUGGGGGAGAGGAAGGGGAAGGGGAAGCUAUGAACAAGGAGAGGAGGGCAUGUGGCUAGGAUUCCAGCUAGAGAGGAACGUUCGUGCCCUGUGCUGAGGCUCUAUCCUGGCCCCUCACAAAGAGGCUGGCUGAAUCUGGAGGACAGUACUUGCAGCAGAGGAUGGUGGCAGGGGCUGUGAAGGAGAGCAGAGGUCCAGCAUUCUGUGUCCUGAGCUGCCACUUCCUGGUGAGACAGGUGGAGCGGGGCCUUUGAUCACUGUGGUCACAGACCUGGUACUGUCUUCCCCUCGUGUGCUCAAACAGUUCUAAGGUCCCCCAGGCGGGAAGUAGGGGCUGGGGCUGGGGUGGGUGGGAAGGUUGGUGGCUUUGAUUUGAGUUUUGCUUUGUACUCCCUGGCCGACUGCCUGAGAGGCCAUGACCCAUAGCAACCUGUCGGGAGGUGAGGCUGGGCAGCUGGGCAGUUGGGCACAAUGGUAUAGGGCCACUGCAGGGCAAAGCUCACUCAUGUCACCAGAAAUAAGUAUGUUGCGGGCCAUGGGGGGAGGCUUCUCCAUUCUGUGAAUAAGGUAGAGGUGUCCAAGGUGGGCCUGGUACAGUGCAGGGUCCAGGCCAAGGGGUUCUGUCUGAUAUCUCUGGGGACAAGAGAAGUAGGGGAUGAGAAGAGUAGACACAGUGGUAGCUUUCUUUUAGAGAUUCCUCCACUUCUGCCAGGGCCACCUGUUUUCUAAACAGCUCGUCUAUGCCUCAGAACUCUGCCUGCUCUUCCUGGGACUCCCAUCUGCUAAGACAGUGCCUUUGGAGGUUCUAGAGAGGCCUCAGUGAAGAGGUCAGAGGUAUCAAGGGAAAGUCACUGGUGAUGGGGUGAGUGUUGUCAGAAAUAGCCACUGUUUUUCCUCCUUCGAACACCUGAAAGGUUGAUCAGGGAGAAAUCCAAGCAGAAAUUAUUUAUUGCAGAGCCAUGAUUGUCCUAUUAGGACAAACCCAAACAAGAAUUGGAGGGACUGACUGCAGGUGACAAGUCCCAAAGCUCAGACUAGCAGUCUCUUCAUCCUCACCCCAUUGUGGGUUCUAGGAUUAUGCUUAGAGCCUGGGGGGGGUUGCUUGCACCUCAUCUGUAUGUAUCAGGUGAAACUCAUUCCAUUCUCCCCACAGCACCACAGUGGGGAAAACCCCAUCCUUUUUUUUGGAAGCAGCCCCCUUCAUCACUCCUUUCCAUCACGUCUUCAGGGAAAUACUUGCCCCAGUGUCUCCUGGCCCUGGUCCUUGCCGAAGGGCAGGGAGAGUAGGUCCAUUCUCUAGAGCCUUGCCAGGUUGAGCCAGAGGCUCAUGAGGGGCCAGCAGAGGUGCCAAGUCAUGGGUAACGGUGCCAAAGUGCUGGUGAAUCUAGUCUCCACCUGUGCCGCAGGCUCAGAAAGGGCAAGAGGCAUGCUGUAGGGUGGGGUGGCUCUGGAGGCCCUCUUGGGUCCAGGGAUUUCAGUGUUAUGAGUGUGCCUGUCGCUCUGGAGGGCCCUCUGUUUCUCCCUUUGAUUCCCCAGCCUGGUCCUCUGGGGUCAAUGUCCCUUUUGGUUGUGCUCAUUUGUAAACUGUGUAUUUGUACAGACCUGCUUGCACUGGCUGAUACUCCUUUAAUUCCCUGAGAGAUUGGUUCAACUAUCCUUGGGUUGUUCCACCAUAGCAUUAGCCUUUGAAAAUAUUUUAAAAUACAAAAGUUUGAUUUUUCUAGUG